AUGGCCCCGAACGUAGACUUAACAGCGCAGCCCCCGCCUGCGCGCAUGCCUAAGCUAAAGUACAGAAAUCUGGUGCCGACCGACAGCAAAGCCUUCGUCUCACUACCAAUUUCCCAUCGUCUUGGGCCCCACUCUACAUUCAGUCAAGAGCCGCCCACCACCACGGAUACAAACGCUCAAACCUCGACUAUCUUCCACCCGUCCUUCGACACUACCAGCCUGACGUCAUCCAGUCUGGCUUCCAUAACGCCAAGUCGUUCGUCUUCCAAUGACUCAAAGUCAUCGAAGAAGAAGAAAAAGUCUAGCUCCGUGCUCGGCUUCCUUUCCUUGAAGGAGCCAUCCCAAGUCGCGUUGGAGCAAUUUGCCGAGCAACAGCGCAAACAAAACGCCGCCGCCGGAAGGACUUCACCGCAAUCAGGAAUCUCCACAAACUUUGUCGGCCAGAAACUUCCUCCCACCGUUCCCAAGGUCAAUUCGAAAUGGGACGGCGUGCCUGAGGUCUUCAAACAAAACCGUAACAUCACCUCCAGCGGACCCACAAAGGAUAACCGAAAUCUGUCGUCUAGAGGCUCACCGAGCUCGCCUCUCAAGGUCGCUCCGUGGAACGAUUCAGGAUUUUCUAUAUUAACUGACGGUACCCGCAACCCACCAAACUCCGUCGCUUCGGCUUCCAUCUCGAACCUCAACAAUCAAUUUGGUUCUUCACUGUCAACCACUGAUCUCCCGGACAUUUCCUACCACGCUCCAGAAGCGCCGCUAGCGUCUAGUCCGAUUCAAGAGACCGAGGACCAAUCACCUAUUCGUAUCUCAGACUCAACUUCCAGCCAUCGGCCAAGCAUGGACGAAAUGAUAGACUCUAGGCCGCACUCGCCGGCCUCGUCCACCACAUCGGCCGACACUGUUGUCAUGGAUACUGCCGACGCCAUCUUCAGGAAGCUAAACGACCGUCCAAUGCACGGAGAAAACACGUCGAAUGUGCCGGAAUCACACGACUUCCUGUUCCAGCCGCAGCCUGGUGUAGAGCGCCGCAACAGUGAACCACUUAUGCGUUCUGAAUCACCCUUUGCUCAAUCAUCCAUCCCUCAUUACUCCCCUUCAAAAAAUAUCCAAAACUUCAGUCGGCCCAUGGGACCACCACCUGUUCAGCGAUUUGCACCACCGUACAAGCGGACGCCAUCAGUUCCAACACUGCCAACCCUGUACGAAGCCUCAAUGGCUAGUACCGAAGACCUAGCCCAAGACUAUGAAGACGACGACAACGAUGAUAACGAGGAUUCCUAUUCAAUUGCGCCUUCCACCAUUGCCCCAUCUGAACUGUCCAAGCACUGGUACAAGUCUCCGCGCGAACGUCUCGGACUGGGUAGACGGCUGCAAAUCAAUGACGUUUUACCGUGGGAUGAGCCAAAGGAGACGACAGCUCCACCCUGA